AUGUCUGCUAACGACUUCUACAACUCGGGGGACCAAUCCAACUAUAACCCCAGAGAACAAUCGCGCGACGACAACCGUGAAGACGGCGACAGAGGCCUCUUGGCCACCGUUGUCGGCGGUGCCGCCGGUGGCUACGGUGGCGGCAAGCUUGCCGGCGACCACCUGACCCUCGGUAAGAUUGGUGGUGCCAUUGCCGGUGCUUUCGCUGCUAACAAGGCUGAAGACGCCUGGGAAGAACGCAGAGACGAACGCAGAGAUGAAGGCAGACACGAAGGCAGACACCACGAAGGCGGUCUUUUCGGUCACCACGACAAGCGUGACGACAGACGUGACGACAGACGCGACGACUUCGGUGGCCGCGACAACUACGGCGGUGGUCGCGACAACUACGGUGGCUCCGGUGGCUUCGGUGGUGGCCGUGACGACUACGGUAGUGGCCGCGACAACUACGGCGGCUCCGGCGGCGGUCGCGACAACUACGGUGGUCGUGAUGACUUUGGCGGCCGUGACAACUACGGCGGCGGCCGUGACAACUACGGUGGCCGCGACAACUACGGUGGCCGCGACAACUACGGUGGCUCCGGUGGCUACGGUGGUCGCGACGACAGACGUGAUGGCGGCUACAACGACAGAUACUAA